AUGCAGGAGGAAUGCGGGAUCUGUGGUUUUAAUAAUGAUAAAAAUGAUUCAAUUUUUUCCUGCAAAUGCAAAAAUAUGAAGUCCGAGUGGGUCUGGGAUUCCCAAUGUACAACUCCGGAACUGUGCCUGUUUAAGGACGAUAAAACAAUAAUAUUUCAUCCCAAAUCUUCUAAUGGCACAUCAGUUGUGAGGGGUACAGAGCUUUUUACUUCAGGAAUACAUUAUUGGGAAAUUAGAGUUAUUACUCCUCUCUACGGAACCGAUGUGAUGAUCGGCGUAGGCGAAAAAGAUCUAUGUCUAGAAGGCUCAGAAUGCAAGUACAGUAGUUUUCUUGGUGCUGAUGGCCAUUCCUGUGGUCAUUCAUACACGGGCGGCAUUCAAUAUAAGGGCUCAUUCGACUACAAACAUGUGAAAGAAUUCUCAAACAGAAGCGUGGUUGGUUGUCUUUUGGAUAUGUUUCAUAGAAAACUCUAUUUUUUUGUUAAUCGUGAGCUCUCUGGCCGUCCAAUAACCCUCAAAGGUAAUGCAUAUUAUCCCAUGGUAUGUUCCACUGCCGCACGAACGGGUGUUCAAUUAAUCUACACUCGGUCAUUUGAAGCGAAACUUCAACAUUUCAUUAUUAUGGAAAAUAAGUUGCCUCGUGAAGAUGAACACCACCGCUAUUCUAGUCUCAUCAAAGUACUCCUUGAGGAUUGUUGGCCCCUGCGCCUGCCGAAUCGUAGAAGGAUCUCGGUCGACUAA